UGGUAGGAUUUUAGUACUUUCUCAACUCUUCUUUCACUUUUAAUUUAAUUACCAGUCAAGAAAGAGUUGAGAAAGUUCCCUAAAAUCCUACCAUUUGAAUCUCCCCCUAUUCUCCUAUUUGCUAUGAGUGCAUAAUCUCCUCAAUAUUUAAUCCUCUCUAUAGCUGUUAAUAUGUAUAUAUUCCAUUUUCUUGAGCUCUCUAUGCUGUCUUGUUUAUAUUAAGUGGGGAAAAAAAAUCCCAAUUGUGUGUAUGCAAUUGCAGAAAUCCAAAAGGGUUUAUUUUGUUUGUGGGUCGGGCGGGUCAAAAGGGUAUAUAAUAAUAAUAAGAGGGAAGCUGGCGCCUUGAUGUCGGUGUUGCUUCCCUUUUUUCAAAACAAAAUUUUAGGGAACUUUCUCAACUCUUCUUCACUUUGAGGAUUUGCAGCAGUGCCCAUAGCUAUGGAAACUGAGGGUGCCACUGCACCUCAGUUGGCAGCUCUUGCUGACACAGAUAUCAAUUGGGACAGGUUGGAUAAGGCUAGGUUUCAUAUAAUAGGAGCUAUUCUUUUCACUGUUCAGUCAGCAUUAAUACAUCCAACAGCAGUAGGGAAGACAAGAAUGCAAGUCGCUGGAUCCAGACUUUCUCAAAUAACUGGGUUCUCUGUAUUUAGGCAUAUAAUUAGGAGUGACGGUAUCCCAGGCCUCUUUAGAGGCUUUGGCACGUCUGCUGUGGGAUCAUUGCCAGGUAGAGUCCUCGCUUUGACUUCACUUGAAGUAUCAAAAGAUAUGAUGCUAAAAUACACACACGGUCUUAAUAUGCCUGAAGCAACUCGUGCCGCUGUAGCAAAUGGAUUUGCUGGCAUGGUCUCCAAUUUAGUCUCAUGCGUCUACUUUGUGCCUCUCGAUGUGAUUUGCCAGAGACUUAUGGUACAGGGAAUUCCAGGGACUAAGCCUUGCACUGGUCCAUUUGAUGUUACACGGAAAGUACUAAAAGCUGAAGGAGUUCGUGGUAUGUAUAGAGGAUUUGGAUUAACUGUUGUGACUCAGUCUCCUGCACAGGCACUUUGGUGGGGUGCCUACGGUGCUGCUCAACACAUCAUUUGGAGGAAUCUAGGUUAUGGUGACAACACGGACAAGAAACCGUCUCACAUGGAGAUGGUUGCGGUCCAGGCUACAGCUGGAUUGGCAGCUGGUGCAUGUUCAUCAGUUAUUACAACUCCUAUAGAUACUGUUAAAACACGACUUCAGGUUAUCGAUGAUUAUGGUGUUGGGAGACCUUCUGUAUUGAAGACAACAAAAACGCUUCUCAGAGAAGAUGGAUGGAAAGGAUUCUAUAGAGGCUUUGGACCUAGGUUCCUCAAUAUGUCUUUCUAUGGAACAACAAUGAUCGUCACCUAUGAGAUAAUCAAGAGAUUAUCUGUUAAGCAAGCUUGAUCGUUCGGAUUCCAAACCCCCAAAGGGCAUCAAUAUUUUUGGAAAUUGUUGAACUACUCACAGGGAGGCUUCAUAUGAUACACAGCAACUUAAUUAUUUUUCAUCCUUUGCUUUGUUUACUGGCAUUUCUCUCUUCUUAUUCUUUUAUGACAUUUAUACCCACUUAUGGGCAUUUAAUCUAGAUAUAAUACAUAAAUAUGACCCUUAACUUCGCUUCAGCUGGCAACUAUGACCUCUAACUUUACUAGUGCACAAAUAGACACUUUUGUGUCCUAUGUGUAUUAUAUCACGUAGGAUACAUGUCUCUAUUUGUUCAAUCUUAUACAAGUUUAAGUGUUUACUUGUAUCUCCAGACCCCACUUUUGGGAUUUCACUGGGUAUGUUGUUGUUGUUGUUGUUUAAGUGUGUACUUGUACACAUCCAAAAUUUAAAGCAUAGAUGUCAACUGAAGUCAAGUUAAAAGGCAUAUUUAUGUAUUAUGUAUUAAUCGUCAUCAGAUUUCAGUAGUUUGUAAUGUACAAUAUUUUCACCUUGUCCUCCAUAAGAUCGAAAGUGAAAUUGGAUUUCAAAGGCUUGAGCUUGUAACAA